GUAAAUUUCUGGAUGUCUGACCAACAAAGAUGAUGUCAUAUUUUAUUGGAAGCGUCUGCCCUACUACGGCUCUGGUUUCCGGGCACGUUUUGCACGCAAUUCUGUUAUCAUUAUUGGCGGUGUGCAAGCCUGGCAGUGGGCAGUCGAGUGGCCGUCCAGUGACAAUUCGGGUACUUCGCCUUACCAGCACUUCAGCACCGUAGUUACGAGCACACCCAACUUUGGCCUGCGCAGCCAGCAUUACCUGCACCAGCGGAACCACUGCAGUGGCACAUGCAAAUCCUUGAAGGCCUCUGAGAUACCCGUCUCUCUAUCAACUUCGAACUUCCCACGCCUUCGCACCGAAAUUCCUUAGGUAUCCUUGUCGCACUCUCAUCCGCCCGAUCGACCGCAUCUCGCAUUGUAGUUUUGUACCUGCGGCACGUCAUCACUCGCCGAGCCGACGACAGGCUCCGCCGCUAUACCUUAUCUCUGCGCAGAAACCGAUUUGUCUCCUAUCGCAACGGGCUCUUCCAACACAUUCUCCCGAACCCCACCGGCACCAUUUGACAGCACUGCAGAACAUACAAUUUCUCCGGCGCCAGCCAGAUCUCACCAGCGCUUCAAUCUACCUCACAAGUUUGAAGGCAUUUCAAGAAGUCAGGAGAGAGAUACCAUACCGCAGUAUAUCGUGACAGAGUGAAUCGUGAAAGGUCCCUUACGACCGAGACACCACACCGACAAAAACAAAAAUGGGCAAACAACCCAAUCUCUACAGUUACCCCACGGUCGACGACCUGGCCAUUCACCUGCGCACGUACAUCCUGGCCUGCCAGAAAGCCGCCCUAUUACGACACGAUGCAUUCAAGAUCGCCGUGUCGGGAGGCAGCCUGCCUGCGACCCUGGCAAAGGCACUGCUGGAGGCGCCCGACGACGAAGACCCAGAGUCCGGGCCGCAGUUCUCCAAAUGGCAUAUUUUCUUUGCCGACGAGCGCGCGGUGCCUCUGGACCAUGAAGACAGCAACUAUGGCUUACUGAAGAAAGAUCUGCUGGACAAGAUCCCCUCGGAGCUGGGCAAACCCCACGUCUACCCGAUCAACGAGCAAUAUCUGAACGACACCCAAGAGCUUGCGGAUCAGUAUCAAGAGUCUCUCAUGUCUGUCUUCGCCCAGAAGGACUCGGUUAGACUCCCUGUAUUCGAUCUCAUUCUCCUGGGCUGUGGACCGGAUGGACACACUUGCAGUUUAUUCCCCGGCCACGAACUCUUGCGCGAAGCCGACGCAUGGGUUGCCCCUAUUGAAGACAGCCCCAAACCCCCCGCGCGACGCAUUACCUUGACGUUGCCGGUGGUGACGCAUGCACACAAGAUUGCUUUCGUCGCCACCGGCGCGGGCAAGAAGGAUGUUCUCAAAAAGAUCCUCGAAGCCGACGACGAAGGCCGAAGCCUGCCGUGUGGCUUGGUCAACGAGGCCGCAGGUGAAAAGGUCAGCUGGUUCACCGAUCGAGCCGCUGUGGAAGGAGUUGCAUUUCCUCGGAGGGGGAGUCUGUGAGCAGAGACGGACGGAUGGCCAUUUCUCUUUUUCUCAUCCUAUCUAACGCACGGCGUUGGGUGUCUUUGGCUUUUGAGCAGUCAAGAUACCAGUUUUUUCCCCUUUCUUCGGUCCUCGGAUAUGGUCCGAUAGGACGGCACAGGAGUCGGUGCCAUGUGAGCUUUUUGUUUUCCGCCGCCAUCUUUGAAGGAUGAUACACGUUCACCGUGAAGAGCGAGGCAGGUGGACUUUGACGCCUGGUGAUUGCAUGGGGAUGUCUCCGUCUCUCUGAAAGUGAUGGGACAGAGACAUUCCAUGUCAUCUACCAGGUUCAGGUCCAGUUAUGUCUAUCUGGAUUGGUUGGAUAUAAGUUCUGGGUGCUAGCACUAGACGAAGGUAGACCAUCGAAAAAGAUACCCUUUUGGACUUC